AUGCUCAACUCCAGCAACCGAGGGAUGACCCCCCUCAUGUACGCCUGUGUCCGUGGUGACGAGGCCAUGGUUCAGAUGCUGCUGGACGCCGGCGCCGACAUCAACAGUGAGGUGCCAAGCACAGUAAACAAGCACCCCUCAGUUUAUCCUGAAACGCGCCAGGGGACGCCUCUCACUUUCGCCGUGUUACACGGACACGUGCCUGUUGUGCAGUUGCUGCUGGAUAACAGAGCGAAUGUGGAGGGCGCCCUGCAGGAUGGGGCGGAGAACUACACGGAGACCCCGCUUCAGCUGGCCUCUGCUGCAGGUAACUUUGAGCUGGUGAGUCUGCUUUUGGAGAGAGGGGCCGACCCGAUGAUCGGGACCAUGUGUCGAAACGGCAUCUCCUCCCUCCCGCUGGGCGACAUGAACUCAUUCAGCCUGGCAGCAGCACAUGGCCACAGGAAUGUAUUUCGAAAGCUCCUGUCCCAGUCGGAGCAGGAAAAGGGCGACGUGCUGUCCCUGGAGGAGAUCCUGGCCGAGAGUUCGGAGCCCGGGGAGAAGAGAUUGCCGCCGCAGGCCAACGGAGGAGGGACGCUGCGAACAGGAAAGGCCAGACUGAGGGCCCUGAGAGAGGCCAUGUACCAUAGCGCAGAGCACGGCCAUGUGGACAUCACCAUAGACAUCCGCAGCUUAGGUGUUCCCUGGACGCUGCACACCUGGCUGGAGUCCCUGCGUACCUGCUUCAUGCAGCACCGCCGGCCGCUGAUCCAGGGCCUGCUCAAAGACUUCAGCUGCAUCCAGGAGGACGAGUACACCGAGGAGCUGAUCACACUCGGCCUGCCGCUCAUGUUCCAGAUCCUCCGGACCAGCAAGAACGAGGUGAUAAGCCAGCAUCUGUCAGUCAUCUUCACCCAGUGCUACGGACCCUUCCCCAUCCCAAAGCUGACAGAGCUCAAGAGGAAGCAAACCUCGCGCUUGGACCCCCACUUCCUCAACAACAAGGACAUGUCUGAUGUAACUUUCCUGGUGGAGGGGAAACCAUUUUAUGCACAUAAAGUGUUGCUGUUUACAGCUUCAGCCAGGUUCAAGUCGCUGCUCCAGAACCGACCAGCAGCAGAGAACACCUGCAUCGAGAUCAGCCACGUCAAGUACAAUAUUUUCCAUCUGGUCAUGCAGUAUCUGUACUGUGGAGGCACUGAGUCUUUGCACAUACGCAACACUGAAGUGAUGGAGCUCCUCUCUGCAGCCAAAUUCUUCCAACUCGAGGCCCUUCAGAGACACUGUGAGAUCAUCUGCUCCAAGAACAUCACCACGGAAACCUGUGUGGACCUCUACAAGCACGCCAAGAAUAGUAAAACCCCCUCAUCUCUUACACCACAGUUCCUCGGUGCCACGGAGCUGACGACUUUCAUCGAGGGCUACUUCCUGAAGAACAUGGUGCUGCUCGUUGAACUGGACGGCUUCAAGCAGCUGCUGUACGAGCCCCCCGCCCCCGAGAGCCCCGCCUCUAGCCCCGGCAUCUGCUCCGACAUCCUGCUGGACCUGGAGAAGACCCUGGCCGCCCGCAUCCACUCCAUCCACCUCUCCACCUCCAAGGGCUCCGUGGUGUGAAGCCCUUCAACCAGGCGCAGCGUCCAUGUAACACCGCCUCCAACAUCCAGCCACAGCUGUCCCGCCCCCACUGCUCAGGGGGGGGGCUGUCGGAGGUUUUUAUGUCAGGGAUUCCCUUUAAUUCUGCCUGUUGCAGCCCCCCCCCCCCCAUUAAGGGAUAAAGAUGACAAAAUCAAAUAGAGAACUUUCUCUUCCUCGUCAAAAUGGCACUGAUCACCUCACAGUACGAGAACUGUCAAAUACUGACUCCACUCAGCAGUAUCACUUAGACCUAAUCAUGAUUAUGAAAUUCAUAUAGGAUACAUGCAUGAAUUAAUUCUGUACACCUUUUUUUGCUUAAAAAGGUUCUAGAAGUAGGAUUUUGACUCAAUAAAAGCAGCUUUCUCAUCAUCUCUAAUAUGAGACUUUAGGUUUACAAACAUCAUCUUAUGGAAGUGGAUGCCAUCGCAGUAUAGUUUGACACAUGCCAAAAUAUAUUCCUACCAUACAACCAAUAAAAGUGACUCGUAGCAAUGCCAGCAGACGGACUUUAGGUGGACUUAUUUACAUUUCUGUCACUUCUAUAAGUUUCACUGUGUUAUAUCUACUGUGUGCAGAGGCCAAACUGAUCACAGGAACUUCCACACCUGAAGUUUCACCGCUCAGUGGAAUCUAUGCUGACGUAUGCUGGAAACACGGAUGUCCAACUGGGAAAUUAACUUGUGAUAACUCCACUAACACUGUUCUUUGCAUGACACCUCCUCAACUGAGCUGCCCUGAUAUUGCUUUUUAUGCAGAGCGUUCUUCACGGACUACUUUCGCAGAGGGGAGAAGGGGAAACGCUGCUUAUUAACUUUCUACCCACUGCAAAUCUGACUGAGCUGAGAUGGAUUUGGAUUGGCAGGGACUUUAUUCAAAGCAAAGUGUAAAUACGUCCUUAAAGUCAUCGUGCUGGUCGUUCUUUUUUGUAAACUGAUGUACAGUAUACUCCCACACCCGUUUGGCUGAUGACACCAGUCUCACUGAAUGUUCUCCUGAACAGUUUGUAUGUGUCUGUUUAUGCAAACGUUGCAUGUUUAAUCUUGUUUGUUUGAAUCCUCCGUUUCGCUUUAGGUGUGCUUUCCGUGUAGAUGGGUAGGCUGAGCAGCGUGUGGAUUGUUCCGGAAAACGACCAGUCAAAAAGGCCAUCAAUUACUUUGUUUUUUCUGAUGAAUUCCAUAAGAUCAGGGUAGGUCACUCAGAUGAAUUUUAAAGUCACGGCUUUACCUCAAUAACAUCAAGGAUAGGUUGAAUUCCAUCACAGUGAAUUUAUUAGAGAUACAGUUAUGUGACUCAUAUGUGUAGUGCAUCCCUUCCAUUUGCUUUAACGCACCCUUUCAAAUUGUACCUAAAAUGUUCUGGAAACACUCUAUAUGUCUUAAACCAUUGACCUUCAUUUGUCAUCAAAUUCACAAUUUAAGACAACACAUCUUUAUAUUCAAACUAAAAAUAAAGGGCAAAAUGUCAAACACCUGAGACUAUUAACACAGCAAUAAUUAAUUAAAGAAAAAUACUUAAAAUGAGACAAUCAAUAAAUGUCCAAAUAGAGAUCUGAAAUGUACCAGUUCAAGUUUCAUACCCAGGUUUCAUUUGUAUUCUACUUGUUUUAACAAAUAAUGAUUGUCACAUUCAGAUGUCUAUAUAAAUUAUUAAUGUGACGGUUCGAGGCGUUUUGUUAUCUGUCUCAGGUGUGACCGUGUGAAGUCAGAGCCAGCAGCUUUAGUAUAAAGAUGUGUUUUUUAAUCAUGUGAAUCCUGGGAAACAUCUGCUCCCAAAAUAUUGUGUCUUUGAUCAACUCAGUGCAGAAAUUCAACAUUUUUUUCCACAUAAUUCUUUCUACACACCUAUCAACUACAUGUGGAUUAUAUAAUACUAAUCAAAUCUGAAAGGACCAAAAUGUUAAACUGGCCACAUUUCUUUUCAGCAGCAGCCUUUGUUGUUUUUAUUCUACAUUGAGCCCCGUCACUAAGAUACCAUCCAUCUGUAUUUAGGAGGAAUCUUGAACCCACAGUAUUUGAUUGAAUGUAACAAUGCAACAGAAGUUUAAUAUUUACAAAAAUGUGCAAUAUCUUUAGUCCAGCAGCAUACCAAAAAAAUGAAACAUCCUUUUGUUUCCGGUGUCUCCUGUGCCCUCAUAGUUUGUGAUGUUGUUCCUACAGGAAUCCGACUCUACCUUUGAACAGAUCUUAAAUCAUUGUAGCACACUCAAAAUGGAUAAAUUAUAUAUGUGUUUGGCCCAACCACAUUUGAACAGAAACAUAAAAGCAUAUAAGAGUUGGUUUAAAGUUCUAUAAAUAGUUACAGAAAGGGAAAUAUAGAUAUUAACCUACGGCUUUAUUUUCUUACCUACUUACAUAGCACUCUAUAUUUUAUUUUACAUUCCACAUCUAUUUUCUUUUACAAAAGUUAUAAAAGAUUAUAUAAAAAAGAUGCUUUGAAAUCAAGCAAAAUGUAUGUGAAACUGUACUACUCUGAGUAGUAUGGUGAAUAAUAUGCCACAGGAUAUUGAGCUACAGUAUAAAUGUGAAUUGAACGACACAUAGCAAAAACAAAUGAGUGACUGAAAAACCCUGAAUAUAAUAGUUGUCUUCACAUUUCUGUCCCAUUUAUUACAUUUGUUUAUGUAUUUCCAUCAUUUUAAAAGAAAUUGUAUAACUUACAGGGUGCCAGUUUGUUGAUUUAACACCGAAGCUGAAAUAAAUAACAUUAAGCUUUAUACCGAAUCAUCAAACAUUCCCACAUUUUAAGUGAAACGUUCUUUAAAGGGUAAAUGCAACUUAAAGAUGCAAGCCAUUUUGUCUCCACUGAGAUAAAAAGGUUCAUAAUGAUGUCAAGCACUUCUUGUGCAAGUGUUACUCUCACAAGUUCAGAAGCAUUAUAACAGUGAGCUAGUCUUAUUGUGAUAAACAGCAGCUGAAUAUGGCUUUAGAAUAAGAGAAUAAGCCAGAAUCUUUUUUUAUUUAGUCUUAAUGUGAUGCUAUUAAAAAGGCUAACGUUAGCUUGCCCCUGUGCUGCGAUUUGAUUAGAAACGGGGUCAAAGCCGUUAAAUGUGGGUUUGCAUGGCUGUUCUUGUUUUAAUGUUGUUGAGAAUGUGCUUUGUAAACCAGCUUUGUCAACACUCUCCUCUUAGUUUGUCUGAGCAUUUAUGUGCCUGCGUAUUUGUUCCUGGUAAUAAACAACACUUCUCCUAGACGCAGUGGAAACAUGCAUGGGAUAUUCACCAAAUUUCAAAUCAACGAGGGGGACGGGGGUUGAACUUUUUUGCUAUUCUUUUUUCCUUUGAUGAGAACAUGUAUAUUGUACAAAAUAUAUAUAUGAAAUAUAAAGUAUACAUGGUGUGAGAAGCAGGGAUGUGGUAGAGUAUAACAACACAGAGGAAUGUUACACUCAUGCUGCAGUUUCUGUUGUUCCAUGACAUGCUUUUGUGGACAGCUAAUAAAUGACCAGAGUUUAAA